CCAGGCUGAAAAUCAUCCUUUUCUUUUUUGAAAAAAAAAUAGGAUUCAAAACUUACUUUAUUUAUUCUCUAAUAAGGGCAAUUAGCGCUAGAAAUUUCCGUUGAAAAUCCCUCUCUCGAAUUUUCCGGCGACGAAACGAACAAAUCCUAGAGCUUGUUUCUCACACCCCUUCCUUUAUAUCCGGCGAAUCUCCGUCGCUGAAAAUCCUAUCCGGCGACGCAUCGUCCUCGGACAAUAGCCGUCGAUCACUUCCUCCGUCGCUGCCGGCGUCGGGUGAGGAGCAUGCGGAGAGUUUUAGGGCGGCAGAGGUGAAUGACUGGGCAAGUUGUUGGGCUUCGAGUUGGGCUUCCUGCUGCUACAGCAAAUUGGGUCGCUAAUAGCUUGAAUUUUUGCAGAGUUGAGGGUUAAGGAAAGAAGAAGUGGAGGAGGAAGGAAUAUGGAGGAGAUAGAAAGUGAGAUAUGAACUUUAUUACUGGGUAGGGGACGGCCAUGGAUUAGAUUCUGUGUUUUCGGUCUAAAGAUUUACUGAAAAAUCAUCCCUUAAUUCAUCAAAUGGAUACUCAAUUAGUUCGAGGAGAAUCGUCUACAUCAUCUCACUUCUCUUAUGAAGUAUUCUUGAGUUUUAGAGGUGAAGACACCCGAAAAACAUUCAUUGGUCAUCUUUAUUCCAAAUUGCGUGAUGUUGGAAUUAAUACUUUCAUUGACGAUGAGGAAUUAAGAAAAGGUGACGUGAUUUCAAGCAAAUUAGAGAAAGCAAUUGAAGAGUCGAGAAUUUCCAUUAUUGUUUUCUCAAGAAAUUAUGCUUCCUCUAGUUGGUGUCUAAAUGAACUAGUCAAAAUUCUUGAAUGCAAAGAGAAACUAAAACAGAUGGUUUUGCCUAUUUUCUAUGAUGUUGAUCCUUCUGAGGUACGAAAGCAAAUUGUGUUAUUUGGUGAUGCUUUGGCUAAACACAAGGAACGACCAUUUGGAGCUCAAAGGGUUGAGAAAUGGAGAGCUGCUCUUACUCAAGCUGCAAAUUUAUCUGGAUGGGAUUUGCAAAAUGUUACUGACGGGCAUGAAUCAAAGUUUAUUGAAAAAAUUAUACAACAAGUCCUACAAGAGGUCAACCAGACACCACUAGAUGUUGCUUGGCACCCCGUUGGUGUAGAUUAUCGUGUCAAAGAUAUAGAGUUGUUAUUGCAAAAUGAAUGUGAAGAUGAUGUUCGCAUGAUUGGUAUUCACGGAGUUGGUGGCAUAGGGAAAACAACUCUGGCAAAAGCUAUCUAUAAUCGAAUGUUUCGACUCUUCGAUAGUAGUUACUUCCUUUCAGAUGUUAGGUCAGAAGCUGAAGAAUUUGGUCUUGUCAAGCUACAAGAGAAACUUCUGCGACAAACUCUCAAAACUGAGGGCAUCAAAGUUGGUAGUGUUGCUCAAGGCAUCAAUCUAAUCAAAGCAAGACUCAGGGCAAAGAAGGUUCUAAUUGUUCUUGAUGAUGUGGACCAUAAAAGACAGUUAGAAGCCUUAACAAGAGAAAGAAGUUGGUUUGGUUUGGGUAGUUUAAUAAUCAUUACCACCCGAGACGAGCGAUUGCUAUGUCGGCUUGGAGAAAAAGAGAGAUAUGAGGCCAAACUAUUAAAUGGCAAUGAAGCUAUGUUACUUUUUUGUUGGCAUGCUUUUGAUAGUCAUUUUCCGCCACAAGAUUAUGUUAAUUUGGCACAUGACAUAAUCGAUUAUUCAGGUAGGCUACCAUUAGCUCUUGUGACAUUGGGUUCACAUUUACAAGGAAGUUCAAUAGAGGAAUGGGGAUAUGAAGUUGAAAAACUAAGAGCAAUUCCUCAUAGUGAUAUUCAAAAGAUUCUCAAGAUAAGCUUUGAUGGACUUGAUGAUGAAACACAAACUGUUUUCCUUGAUAUUGCGUGCACCUUCCAUGGGUUUCUUGAGUAUGAAGUUACUAAAAUAUUAAAUGCAUGUGGCUUUCAUGCUAAAUAUACAAUUGCAACUUUAGUCCAAAAACACUUGCUCCAAAGAUCUCCAUAUUAUUUACAGAUGCAUGAUCUAGUGCGAGAUAUGGGAAGAGAAAUUGUUCGCACGGAAUCAGCUCGAGACCCUGGAAAACGGAGUAGAUUGUUCAUCCCUCAAGAAGUCUGUGAUGUUCUACAAGGAAAUAAAGGUUCCAAAAAUGUUGAAGCACUGAGGGUAGAUCCAGGGACAUUAAAGGGAGUGAACUUGAGCACCAAAGCAUUUGAGAAAAUGAAGAAUCUUAGGGUGCUUAUAAUCAAUGAGUUACAUAUUAGUGGCGAUUUUGGGUUGUUGUCCAAGAAUCUCAGAUGGUUGUCUUGGAAAAAAUGUCCUUUAAAGUGUAUACCGUCAAAUUUUCCAGCUGAGAAUCUUGUAGUUCUAGAUAUGCGGGAGAGUGAUAUCCAAGAAUUUCAAUUGAAUUUGCAGUGUUGUAGAAGUUUGAAGGAGUUGAAUCUCUCUCGUUGCAAGCAACUCAGAAGCACUCCAAACUUCAAUGGUUCACUGAGUCUUGAGACUUUGUAUCUCUAUGGUUGCUCAAGUUUGGCGGAGAUCCAUCCAUCAAUAGGAAAUUUGUCCAGACUAAUUAAACUAUAUAUGUCUGAUUGCAAAAAACUUACGGAUCUUCCAAGCAGCAUAUGCCAGCUAAUAUCCGUUGAUUACUUGGACAUUGAUGGCUGCUCAUCUAUAAAGACAUUGCCAGAUAACCUUGGAGAUAUGAGAAGUCUAAGACAUCUUUAUGCAUCUUACACGGGUAUAAAACAAUUGCCUAGAUCUGUUGAAAUGCUAAGAAAUCUUGUAACUUUGAGAGUGGAAGGUGAAAAGUUAGAGGCCAAAUGGAGUAUUUCUGGAAGAGGAGUCCAUCGGAUACAAUAUUCCUUGUCAACUUUUGUAUCCUUUUUGAGCCUUACAUACUGUAAUUUGUCCGAGGCUGAUAUUCCUAGGGAUAUUGGGAGCUUAUUCUCCUUAGAAUAUUUAGAUUUGAGUGGCAACAAUUUCUAUUGUCUACCCAUUGAUUUUUCUAAGUUACGAUUAUUGGUGGAGUUGUAUUUGAAUGACUGUGAGAAUCUUCAAACACUCCCGUCAGUAUCAAAUUUAGAGAAUCUUAGGAUACUUCAGAUUAAGAAUUGCCAAAAAUUGGUCAAGAUUACAGAGUUGGACAACCUCCCUUCUAUAGAGCGGAUUAUCAUGAUGAAUUGUAGUUCUCUGCAGAAUCCAUUCAAUGAAGGCUUCUUUAGUGCACCUGCUCUAUAUGCAUCUAGAAAAGAAGAUCCAGAUAUGGAUGGAUUAGAUAUUUAUUUCCAAUGCAAUGAGAUUCCAAAAUGGUGCAGGAAUCAAAUAACAGCUUCAUCUAUGUGUUUGACUGUGCCGACACAUAAUAAUAAUGAGUAUAACUUCUUAGGAAUGGUUCUCUGGUUUGUUUCUGACAUGUUCGAUGUAUUCCGGAAUAAUCCAUGCUUCAGGAUUAGUAUUGCCCAUAAAGAGACUUUUAUUACGACUUCGACUGAUGAUAUUGAUGUAACUGAUGAUAUUGAUAUAACUGAUGGACACAAUGAAGUGUCAUGUGUAUAUUACAGAUCUGACUUGGAUGAACUUUUUGAUGGCCAGAUGAUAGAAGUGUGGUCGGACAACGUUACUGUAAAGAAGAUAGGGAUUGAUCUGUUAUAUGUAGGCCAAAAUGGUAAAGUUAUAUCUUUGCCAGGAGACGUGGAUCAUUCUUAUUCUAAGUACCCAAAAAGAGUUUCAACAGGCUUGUCAACUCCUCCUUAUAAAAGAUUAUAAGGAUCAAAGUUCUAAUCAAGGUAACUUUCCUUUAGAACUAAUCAUGUUGUACUUUAUAUUACAGUAUGAUUAUGUAAUUGGUUAGAUAAACUUUACUUUAAUUGAUAUUGAUAUUUUUCCAAAUAUUUGUUAUAUACUUUUUUUGUUA